AACCACGUUAGCGAUGAAGUCAGUACUGUGGGUAACGCGCUGGCAUGGCUUUAUCUGGCGGAUGAGCUCUCCAAGGGUGAGCAUGUCGCGCCUAAUGGUCAGUGGAUCAACGAUAUGGCGAGGCAGAAGGCAGGUAUCCCAUAUCGGAAGGACGAGGAUAUUCUGGUUCGCGAUGUGAACUUGACUGGUAACUGAAAAUGAAUGUCUUUGGGCUCUGUUAGAUACCACUGCAUGAUUAUGAGGGGGACGAAGCUUCUGGAAGAUUUUCGGUGUCUCGUUCUGGUUCAUACGUCCGUUUCAUGCUGUUUUAGUCCAGUCUUUUGUGCUCCCAUUCCCAUGUCUCUAUUAUACAUAGUCUUUGAAACCAUGUUUUGCCAUGACCUCUCAUGUUGCCCUCCUCCAAGGGCAAGCCUUACGUGCAGUACGAUAGGAAUUCCACAGUUUCUUUAUAUAUUCGUUCCACUCAGAAUUGCUCAGAUCCUGGGUUUCGAAGUGGUAACGGACGGAUCUCUUAACAGUGUACCGCUUCGUUCGGCGACAUCAAACUCUCUCAUUCUCGUUGUUGUCUCGGUCACCUCGCAAACCGUGCAGUGCAGCUCAGUCGGGAAAUCGAGAAAGUGCAAUGGUUGUAGAGAUAACAUGAAGGCAGAGAGAGAGGAUAUUCGAGAUAAAUGAAUACGACUGGGAGAUUCAUAUGCUGCAAGCCUAAUCCUGAAGAAUCGUUGACAGGCUAGUGAUUUGAUGAGAGGAGGACAUACAUAAACCAGUAAUUUCUAUCUAACGACUUGCUGCGACGCAGGAGUGAGAAACAUAAGGCAAAGCUACUCCUGCCAAAAAUGUCCAUCAUUUA